AUGCGUUCUUCCAUUGUCUUCAUUUCGGCUCUGGCUACUUCCGUCAUGGCUGGCAACGCCACUGACACUUACACCUUCCCCGCCGGCUUCAAUCUUGGCUUGGUAGCCAGUACCCAGCGUAGCGACUAUUGCUCUGCCCAGCGCAACACCUGCCCCCAGAUUUGCCAGCAAGGCACCAAGCUCAACUCGUGCGACCCGAGCACCCUGCAAUUCAGCUGUGUCUGCAGUGAUGGUACCGUCCCCGACAUGACGCCCUACGCGCAGACCGUUCCUUUCUUCGUCUGCCAGGAUACAUAUAUCCAGUGUGUCGCCUCGCACCCCAACGAUGCCGAGGGUCAGCGCGGCUGCAAGAAGGCCGCCACCUGUGGCUCCAAGAAUGCAAGUGAGGUGACCACCACCGCUUCUUCUUCAUCCUCAACCAUGUCUUCGACCAUGUCUUCGACUACUCUGGCUUUGGCCACUGCGACCGAGUCUUCCAGCUCCCAAACUUCCUCCGUGGCUCCUGCUAGCACUACCACCAACGCCGCUGUCGCUCUCGGUGAUCUGACUCAGUACUCUACUGGUCUGAUGGCUGGUCUCAUGUUCGUGGCUGCGCGCAUGGUUCUGUAA